GCCGCGGACCUUCCCUCCGCUCAGUCAUCGCCUCAUCACGGGCUGGAGCUCAGCUGCACGAGCCGCCUCCCGGUGAACGCUCGCCGCUUCCGCCGCCGCCGCCGCCGCCGCCCACAGGUAUGAGGGGAUCUCUCGUUGACGCACCACAUUUCAACGACGGACAGCUCUCAGUGUAGCGCACACUCGUGUUUACAUCCCGGGUUUGGCUACCGGGCGACGGGAGACGGGAGCCAGACGCACGGAUAUGGUUCCAGCGCACGGAACCUGUGAUUGUUGGUCCAUUUUCUAAUCCCACCGCGGUGUGUUGCUUUACGCACGGGGUGCGCGUGGAAUUACUGCAGCCGCGGCGACCGCGCGCGCACCGGAGCACAAGCCCGUGGGAUGACAGACCUCGGCGGCGUGUGGACGAGUGAGAAGCAGCCUCAUUGACGCCAGGACGAUGAGAUCCCCGGCAGCUCGGGAGGGAAACACCGGAGGGUUUAUCAGGCCGCGUCUCCCCGCGCUCGUCUAACCACAGCACACGGAGGCGACUGUUCCCACUGAGAUCGUUCGUCUGUUGAGCAACCGAAAGGGAGAAACCAUGUCCCGGACACUGAAGAAGAAGAAACACUGGUCCGGUAAAGUGGUGGAGUGCGCGGUGUCAUGGGGGAACCUCGGAGACUUCGGCUCCGUGGUGGAGGUUCUCGGGGGCGCGGAGAUGGGACAGUUCCCGCACCUGGGCCAGAUGAAGCUGGACGUGCUGGUGUGCCACGUCGGGAAGCUGCCGUACUACGGGGACGUGCUGCUGGAGGUGAACGGGACGCCCGUCAGUGGACUUACAAACCGCGACACCCUGGCUGUCAUCCGCCACUUUCGGGAGCCGAUUCGCCUGAAGACCGUCAAACCAGGUAAAGUGCUGAACUCGGACCUGCGCCACUACCUCAGCCUGCAGUUUCAGAAGGGCUCGCUGGACCACAAGCUGCAACAGAUCAUCCGGGACAACCUCUACCUACGCACCAUCCCCUGCACCACACGGCUUCCUCGAGAUGGGGAGGUGCCCGGCAUCGACUACAACUUCAUCGACGUGGGAGACUUCCGGAUCCUGGAGGAGAGUGGCCUCCUCCUGGAGAGCGGCACCUAUGAUGGUAACUUCUACGGGACCCCCAAACCUCCGGCCGAGCCCAACCUGGUGCAGCCUGACCUGGUGGAUCAGGUCCUGUUUGAUGAAGACUACGUCGGUGACGUUCCCAGAAAGCGCACCACCUCGGUCAGCAAGAUGGACCGGAAGGACAGCGCCGUCCCCGAGGAAGAGGACGAUGACGACAGGCCCCCGCUAGUCAAUGGAUUGCCCGAGCUCAAAGAGAGGGCGGACUGGAGGAAAGCGGUGCCCAGCUACACCCAGUCCAGCAGCUCCAUGGACUUCCGCACAUGGAGCUCGCUUCCCCGCGAUGACAGCCUGGAGCCGCUGCCCCUUAACUGGGAGAUGGCCUACACGGAGACCGGCAUGGUCUACUUCAUAGAUCACAACACCAAGACGACCACGUGGUUGGACCCCCGCUUGGCGAAGAAGGCGAAGCCCCCAGAGAAGUGUGAGGAUGGAGAGCUGCCAUACGGCUGGGAGGAAAUAGAUGAUCCGCAGUACGGCACAUACUACGUGGACCACAUCAACCAGAAAACCCAGUUUGAGAACCCGGUCCUGGAGGCGAAGAAGAAGCUGAGCCAGGAGACGGCUGCGAUCCAACAAGCCGCUGCGGCUCCUUCCCAAGGCAAGGGAGGCGCGUCCGGCUUCACCCCGGACCCCAACCAGCUGAAGGGGGAGAUGUACCACACGGCGCUGAAGAAGAGCUCCCAGGGGUUCGGCUUCACCAUCAUCGGAGGCGACCGCACCGACGAGUUCCUGCAGGUGAAGAACGUGCUGGGCGACGGCCCGGCCGCCCACGACAACAAGAUGUCUUCUGGCGACGUGAUUGUUGAGAUCAACGGGCUCUGCGUGCUCGGCAAGACUCAUCCAGACGUGGUGCAGAUGUUCCAGUCCAUUCCCGUCAACCAGUACGUGGACAUGGUUCUCUGCCGUGGAUACGCGCUCCCCCCAGAUGUGGAUCUGAGCAGCGACGACCCUCUGCCCCCUCCUCCUCCUCCGUCGGCCGGCCAGCCCCAGCAGGCCCUGCACGGGGGGGAGGUGGUGACGGCCGUGCCCCUCAUCAACGGGCAGCCGCUGCUGGUGAAAGGCGACGUCCUCCACGGCUCCUCUCAGGAGCUCCACUACGUCACCACGGACGCCAGCGGGCGGCCCGUCGUGGCCGCCAUGCCCAACGGCAGGCAGGGGGAGCUGGCGGGGAUGCUGCAGCCGGAGCUGGUGAGCGUGCCGCUGGUGAAGGGGCCGGGGGGGUUCGGCUUCGCCAUCGCCGACUGCCCGCUGGGCCAGAAGGUGAAGAUGAUCCUGGAUGCUCAGUGGUGCCGUGGCCUGCAGAAAGGAGAUGUCAUCAAGGACAUCAACAGGCAGAAUGUGCAAACGCUGAGUCAUGCUCAGGUGGUGGACAUCCUGAAGGACUUGCCUGUGGGCAGCGAGGUCGAUGUGCUGGUGCUGCGAGGAGGUCAAACAUCGCCUGUGAAGAGUCUCAAGCCUAGACAGGAAAUGACGGCCAGCCUAGAGACCCUGGACGGUAUCUGCGACUCGGCGCCCCAGGCCUUGCCGUACCACUCCAACACGAGCACCCUGCGCUCCAUCGACUCCCCCAAACGAGACGCCACCGAGUUGUACCUGAAGUCCAAAGCCCUGCUGGACAGCAGACAGCCUCACACCAAAGACAUAGAUGUUUUUCUAAAGAGAGACAUUGAAACAGGUUUUGGCUUCCGGGUUCUGGGAGGAGAAGGUCCACAGCAACCAAAUGUGUUUCCCCAGGUGUACAUCGGGGCCAUCGUGGCCAACGGAGCUGCCGAGAAGGACGGUCGCCUGCGAGCUGGGGACGAGCUCAUCGGCAUCGACGGUGUGAUGGUGAAAGGUCGCUCUCACAAGCAGGUGUUGGAUCUGAUGACCAACGCCGCCCGAAACGGUCAAGUGAUGCUGACCGUGCGAAGAAAGGUCAUCUACAGAGAUGCCACAGAUGAGGAGGUUCUGGAAAUGACUCCAGUGCUGGUGAACGGUUCCCCCAAGCUACCUCGCCUGCCGAUGCCCAGCGCUCUGGACCACGAGUCCUUUGACAUCACGCUCCACCGCAAAGAUAUCGAGGGAUUCGGCUUCGUCAUCCUCACGUCCAAGAGCCGACCGCCGCUCGGAGUUAUCCCGCACAAGAUUGGCCGAAUCAUCGAAGGCAGUCCCACCGACCGCUGCGGCCUGCUGCACGUGGGAGAUCGCAUCUCGGCGGUCAACGGGCGCUCCAUCAUCGAGCUCUCGCACAAUGACAUCGUGCAGCUCAUCAAGGAGGCCGGCAACGUGGUCACUCUAACCGUUGUUCCAGAGGACGAAUACCACGGCCCUCCGUCUGGAGCGAGUUCAGCCAAACAGAGCCCGGCUCUGCAGCACAGGGUCAUGGGUUCAAGGUCAGCACUUCAGGACGAGCGUUUUAACCUGGACCUGGAGGAGAAGAGGGACGGACUCAACUGGUCCGACCACAAAACGCUUCCCCUCAGCGAGCAGGGGACCCUGUGUGUGACGGGACCCAACCAGGGUUGUCUGACGGUGGAGCUGGAGCGGGGACCUCUGGGCUUCGGCUUCAGCCUUCGGGGGGGGACAGAGUACAACAUGGGCCUGUACAUCCUGAGACUCGCGGAGGACGGAGCCGCUCAGAUCGAUGGAAGAAUCCAUGUUGGGGAUGAGAUAGUGGAGAUUAAUGGAGAGCCGGCUCGUGGCAUCUCUCAUACACGGGCUAUUGAGCUGAUCCAGGCCGGGGGAAACAAAGUGGCGCUGCUGCUGCGUCCCGGAGCAGGCCUGGCUCAAGAUGGAAGUCAACGCGAUCAAAAAUUCAUUUCAUCCACAAGCUACUCCAGCGAGGUGUUUUUCUCUGACACAUCACCCCAGACCUCUCCAUACUCCGCCGGGGCUCCCGUCUUCGUGUCCCCACCCUUCUCCAGCAAACUGAGACGUUCCUCCAGCUGGAGCACCCUGUCCCCACAGGGCCUCAAGCCCCGCAGCAGCAGUGGCAGCGGCAGCCGGGGUUUAAGCUCCGUGGAGGAGAGUGAUGAGGGCGCCGACGAGGAGGUCACAAGGCAUUCUCACCCCUCCCCCGAGCAUGUGAAGUUCUACAAGAGGACCAGGCCCACAAAAGACUCCAGAGAGCUAAGCAGCCCAAAGAAAACAGGGGAGACAUUUCCUAAAGCCAAAGAGCAACUUCACGGUCCCACGAAGACGGAGAGUCGGGCGCGAGAAGAAGUGCCGAGCGGGAACAGGACGUCUCACACACAAACAAAAGCCGAAUCCACGAUCAUGAGGAGGCCUUCUCAGGUGGGACAGCAGCGAGGGCCUCAGAUGAGACUCAAAGACUCCUCCAGCAGAGAGAGCUUGAAUCACGAGAAGAAGAACGGCAAUGGGGGGGGUCUUGAGACGAGGCGACACUCACUAGGAAAAGAGAUGGAAGGGAGAGGGGAGAAGGUGAGGCCUGAGCAAGUCAGUUUCAAAAGGAGAGUGGGGGGAGAAACUCACCGCCUCAGAUCCUCGCCUCAUUCAGCCAGGGACAGCGAGAAAGGGACAGGGAAAGACUCCUCCAGCAGAGAGAGCUUGAAUCACGAGAGGAAAAACGGCAAUGGGGGGGGUAUUGAGACGAGGCGAUACUCACUAGGAAAAGAAAAGGAAGGGAAAGAGGAGAAGUUGAGGCCUGAGCAAGUCAGUUUCAAAAGGAGAGUGGGGGGAGAAACCCACCGCCUCAGAUCCUCGCCUCCUGCAGCCAGGGACAGCGAGAAAGGAACAGGGAAAGACUCAGGGCGGAGAGACGCUCAGGACAAGAGCAAACCUCCGGGAGACAGGAGCCGAGAUAGAGAGACGACAAACGGCAAAAGAGAAACCCUGUUGUCGUUCAAAGACGCGCAGGGUAGAAAGGUUUCUGUGGUUUCGCCCAGAGAGGCCAAAGGACGACAGGACGCUGUAGACAGUGUCCCAGGGACCCCGCAGAGCCCGGGGGGACCUAUCAGCCCCGGCCCCUGGAAAGUGCCCAGCUCAGCCAGAAUCCUCUCCCAGGCCGAGGUUCUCCGGGAGCCUUUGUGAUGGUAAAAACAUAUACAGUCACCCGGAAUAUUAAACAGUGGAUUGUUUUCUCUCAGUUCUUCCAUAAAAUGCAGAAAACUAUUACUGCAACCAGUUUCUUUUGUUCCUUUUCCUUUUGGGGAGUCCUGAGACAUCACAUGUAGCAGCUCGACCCCUGCCUCGUCCACGGCCUCGGCCUCUUUGACGUGGGACUGCGGCUCGGGGACGUUUGGUCAGCCAGGACACUUUGAAAUGUGAAAAUACAGAUAUGUGCCAAUCCUGGGAGUCUCCUGUGGAACUACCAACAGCGCUUUUCCCUCCAUCACAAUGCAACGACCCAUAUGCAAAGAAAGGGAGAAGGGCCCCCUCGCCUCUCGCCUGUAGUAAACACCAACUGUGACUGUCAUCCAGGAUUUCAUUUUGCUCUCUCUCGGUCUCAUUGUGGGACAUUUUUGGACUCUGUCUUCUUUUUCUUAAACAGUUAUUUUUUAAAUCUCAGCUGCAUGCAGUCGGUCCUUCUGUUUGUUUACUGCACGUGUUCUGCACAUCACUGACGAUGAUCCUCUUUCCUUGUUUAUAACUCCCACUCUCCGAUUUCAAAUGCAACCCAGCAAGCGUUCACUUUACCGGGGGACUCUAGACUGUUCUAUGGUUGUAGACGCGACUCUCCUCCAUUAAAGCAAACGAAAAAAAAUAACAGUAUCGUUAAAAAGACCAGAAACUUGUGGUUUGAGAUCUUGUUUACCAUUGUGUACAAUAACCAACCAGUGUGUAACUUAUUGAGAUAAUAGAUAAAUAUAUGUAUAUGUAGCCGUACCAAGCCAUUCCACAUUUUGAUAUAGACUUCAAAGAUUUGUCCCAUGUUAUUUGAGCUCUCACCCUAUUUCCAAUGUACUUCAGUGGUAGGAGUUACUAUGGGUCUUUGUAGUUCAUGAACUGUAUAGGUAACAUGCAAACCACCGUACCGAAGGUUUGCAGUCGCUCAAAAUGUGUCUCAUUGUGAAAUAUUAUAUAUAAAUAUAUAUAUAUAUAUAUUUGAAUGUGUCAUAUUUGCAGAUUCUAACUUUAAAGAUAUCUAUUGAAUUUCAUUGCACUGCAUCUGCCCUUGUAGCAUAACAGAUACAGAAUGACCAUGAGUUGUAUUUAAUUUGUGAUGUUGACUUGCUACCAAUUAAUUUCCAUUUUUUAUUGCUACUAUAAUUCAAAAACUUUAAAAAGAUGUUUCUUUUUUUUUCUUAACAUGUUCACUGUUAAAGGCCAAAUUUUCAAAUAAUAUAAUUCUGUGCAAGUUUUCAGCCCCCCCAGUCAUUUUACUUUAUCCUAUCAAGAAAAGACAAAUUAAGAUGCAUAUGUGUGUGUUUGUCGGUCCUGCAGUGUGAUUAUGUGCCGGGGUAGCUUGAAGGACAACAGAGUUUAGAGCGAUGUGCUGGUUUACUGUUUACUGAGAUAUUAAGUAUGUUGCUGGUUCACAGCAGGAUAUCAGAGAUUCUUAAAUGUAUUGAAAGAUAAACAAUUGGUUCUAGACACAAAACUUCACAUAAAGAUGGACGACACGACUUCUCCUCAUAAGGGAAGCUGAAGCGUCUCUAAAUUAAAAAGACGAAAGCCGAUGCUUUUCAGUCCGUGUGCGGAGACCUGCGGGCAACCAACUCGGUCAACUUUGGCUGACCGAGUUGUUUGGCUUCACUUUUGGAUCAUGGGAGGAAGUGAAACCUUGUCGUCCAUCUUUAUUUAUAGUCUGUGGUUCUCAAAGUGGGAUUCUUUAUCGAGCAUCUGCUGUUAAUAAAUGAAAUACACUGGCAUAUUUAUGAGAUAAAGACGUAUUCAGAUGAGCUCAGGGAACUCAGUGUCACGCACAUGUGUGAUAAAGUCGAUAUCAGUGACAGACAAACGGUGGAUAAAGGUCUGUGGUGAGAGUCUGUGAUUGGACGAGGGAGUUUUCAGGUUAAGAAUCACAGGAGGAUGAGCUGUGAGCCAAUCAGUGGCAGGUUUUCUGUGCAAUAGUUCGGUGGCUUGAACGAGUGAAUCCAGCCGUGAUCGUCGGGUACAGGCGGUUCACUCUGGUCCAGGAUCAGACAACGUCCUCCUCCUCCUCCUCCUCCUCCUCCUCCUCCUCCUCCUCUUCCUCCUCCUCCUCCUCCUCCUCCUCCUCCUCCUCCUCCUCCUCCUUCUCCUCCUCCUCCUCCUCCACGUUUACUUUCAAUAGUUUUAUAUCUCAUCUCUGUGUCAUACUGUGGCCUUGCAUCGCCUCAUUAGAAAAAAACAAUCCUUGUGGUCUCUUCUACAUUCUGUAGGUAGACGGUAGAUGUAAAUGUUUGUACAUUGUACAGCACCUUUAUAAAUACUCGCUGAGUGCUCUUUCGGGGAGAGAGAAAAAAAAAAUAGAGGUAUAUUAUAUCGCUCCAUUAUUUUUUUAUGUACAAAAAAAACCUGAGAAAAUAUUUAAAAAUGGAUUGAAAGAGGACGGGCCACGAGCUUGACAUGGUGUUUCCUUCAUGCACUGAAAAAUAAAGUUUUGCUGAAAACACA